CUCUGAUGUGGUAAAGAAGAAAGAAUUUGGAUUCUCUUCCUCGCUUGAUUCGAUGACUACUGAGCUCUACAACAUGAGGAUGAUUAAAGAUGCUAGAAAAGAGUUUGAGGACUUCAUAAAGGAACAGGAUUCUUCCACAAAGAACAUGUUUGGUGCUCUAAAGAUUCUUCCUAAAAACAUGCGGAAACGCCUCUCACAAAAGAAGGAUUUUGUCUUGGAUAAUCUCAGAAUGACUUUGAAGGGCCCAGGGAAGACACAACUUAUGAACAGCUUUGAGGAAGAGAUUCAGAAAAAAGCUGAGGACUUCCAGGAUUCCUAUAAAAUGCGUUUCUUUGGUCAGGCUUCUGCCCUGGGUGGAGUUGUGGGAGCUAGUAUCCUGGGGUUUGGUAUAGUGGGAGUUGGUGUGGCAACCGCUGUUUUUACUACUGAGGCUACAGCUUUGGCCACAGGGGCCACAGUGGGUGCCACAGCUUUUGGGGGUGGUGUGGGAGCUGGCAUUGGGGCUGCUGUGGGUAGAGCCAAAGGUGAGGAAACAGUUCCUGAAGAGGAAUGGGAAGAGCCCCUUCUCAGGGAUGAUGAAUGAAUCCUAGAGACCAGGUAGAAGGAAAAGGGGGGGGGGGCUACAUGUAAAAAUGGAGAUUUGAACCCCAGACUUAAAUCCCCAGAAGUCCUUGGCAGUUUCCAGAAUUCCCUAUAACCUCACCUGAGUGCAAGAUCACAAAUUAUUAUUUAAAGGGGAUGUACUGCCUACUGGCUCUCUCUGCUUCCACUUCUAAGCACACGAGUCUCUCAAGAUGUAGUAAGUGAAAUUGAAUGGGCUAUUCAGCCCUACUAGAUAUGUGCUUUUCUUAUUUUAUAUUUUCUUAUUUCCUUGAUUUCUAAUAAUCUUUAAUAAACCUCUAAAAAUAUAAUACUUUUAGUAGAGAAACUAAUUUAAUUUUCAUAGUUUGGCUGACCACAUUGGUUGUGACAAAAUAACCUCAAUCUUCUUAACUCUCCUAAAUCUUUUCUCUACUGUGACUAAGUUCAGCUUUUAAUAGCUACUGCCUAGAUUUUUUUUUAAGCCACAUUUCUCCAAGGUUUUUUAGCAAGCCUCUUGACUCAUCUCACUCCUGCCUGCCUGCUUCCCGACUCCCCGCUCCCAGCUCCCAACUCCUGCCUGCUCACUUGGUCCCAGACCCACCCGGCUACUGCCUUCAAUCCAGACCCAUAUUGUUCUCCCAGUCCCGAAAUGCCCAGCCCACCAACUCUGGCCUCCAAGCAGAUCGAUUAUUGCCCCAGGCCCAGGACUCACUUUCACCAGCUGGUAAAAACAGGGGUGUUUUUUCUUUAGGCUACAAUUAGCCUCCACAUGGACUGGGGGCAGGACAUCACAGUGAGGGAGAAAGAAGGAAAGAAUGAAGAGACUUUUCCAAACAGGAACUUAUAAGCAUGGCUACUUUAAAAGGAUAUCUUUUUGACUGCCCUGAUACUUUUAUUUAUAUCACCUGAGAUUCAGGAGAAAAAUUCAGCUCCCUACAAUUCUUUGGCCAAAUUUGGGAUUCCAAAAACCCACCCUCACUAUGGGAAAGCAGCUCAGUGGCUGAGUGGAUUGAGAGCCUAAAAUCUGGCCUCAGACACUUCCUGGUAGUGUGGCCCUGGGCAGGUCAUUUAACCCCCAUUGCCUACCCCUUACCAAUCUUCUGCCUUCUGAAAAUAGGCAUCUAAAUGGAUAAUUAAAAAAAAAAACACCAAGGAACUUAAAGAGACGGGAGGUUAUAUUUUUAAGGCUUUUCAGACUCCAAUGUUUUAUAAAAAUCCCUGUAUUCUAUUGCAUUUUGCUGAUUGUUUUGUUUAAGAUUUAACUUUGUGAUUUUAAGUUCAUAUAUUAAUGCAUUCAAUACUAUUCUGUUAUACUGAAUCAUUUUAAUGUACUGGGUUUUAAAUACUGUUAAAUUAUGUUGCUUUCCCCCUAUAACUACACUGAACAAACAUUGUUGAAUAAACCCAUAUAAAAAUAGAUUUUCUAUUUUUGACUUUGUUAAUUGUCACAUAGAGGAUAGAUGGACUCCAUCAGAAAAUUGCUACAUUUGUAUAACAACUGUUGGGAAAUUUAAUGAGCUAAGUAUCUCAAAUUGAUUUUAAGGGUUCUUUAGACAUGAUUUUUAGAAAAAACUUUUUUAACAAUCUCUGGUCAUUUUGCCUGCCCCUAACAGGAGGUAAGGUCCAUUUUAGUAGCUGAAGUGAAAUACAAUUAUAAUCCCCAACUCCCACAUUUAGAAAAAUGUGAACAGAAGCUGGGAAGUUAAUCCCAAUGUACCCCUGAGUGGCUCCCCAAGAAGAGGAGCAUUUAUAACUCUUCAGCUCACUUCACUUCCACCAGAAUGAUAUCUAGAAUUGUUGAUGAUGUUCUGAACCCAAAAUAAGUUUCACUUUGUUUAAAAAUGCAUUUGACAAGGUUGAAAGAUUUGCUAAGUUUGUAAAAUUGUGACAAAUAUCCAUCAGUUCAUAGGCUUUUAAAAAUUCCACACAGCAACUUAAUUUAAAUAUGAUCGUUGGUUUGUUUGUUAUUGUAAUUAACUGGACUAUUGAGAAUUUUGGGGAUAUUUAUACCUACAUACUUGUACUACUGUUCUCUAUUAAAAAAAAGCUGUUACCUUGUAAAAUUCAUUUGCUUAUACUCACAGUGGAUCAUGGCCAGAUAUGAAGAGAAAAUGGAUCUCUUUUUUUGUGAGAAAGCCUUAUAUUCUAUAUUUUCUUAGCUGACACAGUGUAUCAAUGAUUAUAAGCUACAUUUUUGAAUUUUAAAAUUUUUAUUAUUAUAUUUUUCUUGCAUGUGCAAUAUACUAUUUCAGUUUUUUAUUUUUUCUCUCCUUUUUAUAUUUGAAGCACAAGUCACCAAUAUUAAGAUUUUCUUUAACUUUUUUUAAUUUUGCAGUAUUAUAAGUUUAAAAUACAUUUGCUAUAAUGUCAAUGCAUGCCCAAAAGCUUGAGAUUGUAAAAAUGAUGCCACUAAUUGUUUAAAAAAAUUUAUGGGACUUUGCUUAAUGAUUCUGUCUGAUUCCAGGACUAGAUAUACAAAAAGAGCCAUUUCAAAGGGGCAAAGAAGCAAAGCUAAACAUUAAUUGUGCCAAAAGAGGCCACAGGUCAACAAAUAAAACAAUCCAGUAAGGAUUGAUGCACUUCUAAGCCAAUACAAAGGACUUGAACCUAGUGUGAAGACUCAAGGUUGCAACACUUAACAAACAUUAAGACGUAGGCCUUCCUUGUAUCCACACUCUUCGUGAAAAUACUUACAGAUGAGUAUCCCAAACUUGGCUCCUAACCUGGUUCCUAUAAUCUAGUCCCUUUUCCGUCUUUCAUAGUGUGGCAAACUUUCUGUAGUCUUGGCUACUGACUGGGUAAAUGCUUACUUGCUUAUAUCAUUUUAAUUGGGCUCUGAUUCAAGACCUGAUAUAGAUUUAUUUUUCCUUUACUUGGAAUUUUUACACAUUAGACUUUGAUAGUCUAUAUUUUCAUCCAGAAAUUAUCUUUUUUUAUUUGAAUUUUUCUGAUGUAUUUUUAAUUUCUCUUGCCAAUUGAUUCAUAUAUCUCAUAACUCAGCCAUGCAUCCCUAAAUGAUCCCUGUUUUUUUCAAUCACUUCCCUGAAUCCAGAAACUGAACUCUUUGGAGAAGACAUCAUGAAGAUGCCUCUAGACCACAAGCUGCAUGAGAAGAUCAAGAAUGAACUUUGGGUGUGGUUGAUUGAACAUUUAUUUGUAUGUUUACUUUCAUGCCAAAGGGGACUGCCCCCUAACUGGCUUUUUGUCAAUGCGCCUAGCAAUUAUUGGUUUUGUUCUUUUUUCCUCUUCCUCAAAUUAUUGUAAUCUUUAAGUUGAUUAUGUUUUCAUGAUCCUUUUGGGGAAACUUUUCCCAAUAGGAUCAAAUGGAGAAAUGUAAAAAUGGAGAUUUGGACUCCAGACUUAAAUCCCCAGAAGUCCUUGGCAGUUUCCAGAAUUCCCUAAAACCUCACCUGAGUGAAGAUCACAAAUUAUUAUUUAAAGGGGAUGUACUGCCUACUGGCUCUCUCUGCUUCCACUUCUAAGCACACGAGUCUCUCAAGAUGUAGUAAGUGAAAUUGAAUGGGCUAUUCAGCCCUCCUAGACAUAUGCUUUUCUUAUUUUAUAUUUUCUUAUUUCCUUGAUUUCUAAUCAUCUUUAAUAAACCUCUAAAAAUAUAA